GGACUAAUUCUUCUCUCUCCAAUCCUGUUCGAUCAAGACCAAACGUGCCCUAAGAAGCGAGUGAUAAAAAAACGACGUCGAAUUGAACAAAGUUGGAGAUCCCUCUGGUUAUUUUCUGUGUCUUCCAUUUUCUUUUGGGUCCAUUUUCUUUUUGGGGUUACCGAAUCGCUUUCAUCGUUUUAAGUUCUUGGUGUUGAAGGACAUGGAAGCCUCACAGACUAACAACGAAAUCCCUAACCCUAGCCUUAACGUGAAUUCCAUAUCUCUAUCUUCGGCCGUGUGGCCCACCAUUGACGGACCACUGGGGCUCUCAGAGGAAGAGUCACUCAGCUAUGCAUCCAAAUUCUACAAGUUUGGCUUCGCUUUGCUUCCAUGGCUUUGGGCUGUCAACUGCUUCUACUUUUGGCCCGUUCUCUUUCAUCGCCGAUCAUUCCCUAGCAUUCACCACUGUUCAACAUCUGAUUUAGAAGCUACAGGAAGCAAAGGAUGCUUUGUGGACAGAUAGCUCUGGUUUUGUAAAUCAUAGGAUGAAUAGACUCAGACUGAGGUAUAGGCUGCUGGGAAGAAGGAAGCUGCAAGGAAGACUGUAAAGGUUAAGAAGCAGCAGCUUGAACAGGUCAUUCUACAGAUAUGUCAGGAGCUGGAGCUGACUCACAAUGUUUAAAAGAAGAAACUGGAUUACAUUCAUCUUGUGGAAUAAGGGUAGGAGAGGAAAUAGAAGAGGAACCUUUGUAAUUUGAAGAUGAAGACUCAGAUUGAACUCCUGAAUCAGUAGGAAUUGAUUAUGAGAAUUGAUAGAGAUGUUUGACCAGUGAAAGGAAACUUAUUAACUACAAAUAGUGGUGCAGUGAACAUUUUAGACCUAGAGGUAGGAGAUCGACCAUUUGUAUGAGGACUGAUAGAAAAGGAAAUCAUGUUCAUUGAAAAUCACACUGCUUGAUAUAUAUCCACUUCCUGAACUGUGAAGACACCUAUAACUGAUUUAUAUAACCUAUAAAUACACAUUUUGUUGUAUGAUAUUGAAACUUCUGUGUAUUGUAGGGUUUAGGAAAAGGAAAACAGGUACAACCAAAUUUGGUUUCCUAUCAUAGAACCUCAAAAAGACUGUUGUUGAAUUAGAUUGAACAAGAAAGUCUGUUUAUUAGAUAGAUUGCACUAUGAAAAACUUCCCAUCGAAAAGAAAGAGGCAUAAGAGCUUGGCAUAGUUCUAAUUCUGUGAUGUGCCUAUGGUUCCUUUCCCAUUUUGAGGAUGUAGAUGGGGGACAAGGAUGCCAAAAAACAAUACCCAAAACUGAUUACUUGAGAGGCAAGGCAAGUAAAGCAAGAGAAAACGAAGAGAAUUUUUGGAAUAGUAAAUAUUUCUUGAUCUUCAACUUACUGAAAAUGAUCACAGAAUUUUCUUUUUAAGAAUAUAGAAGAAUCUCUAACUGAUGCUGUUUAACAGCUUUAUUAGUCUUAACUAAAAUUCCAAUCAGUAUAACUACUUCUAAGCUCCCGUUAGCUAUUUGUAUGAACAGAAUGCGAUAUCAGCUUACAUUUUAACCUAUAGAACAAUGACAUGUAUUGCAACAAGCUUAGCAUCGGUAUU